GUGAUGUCAGCUCCCAGCUCGGUGUCUGCCCGGAUUCCUGACAUGGUGUAGGGCCCAGAGGUUGGGGAAGGCGGGAGUGGGACGGGACAGAAUUUGGGUUUGCUAGCCUGCGGCGGGGCCAGAGUGCUGGGGCUUUGAACUCCGAGGGAAGGUGAACCAGAACUUUUGGAACUAGUGCCGGCGGCUUCCACCCCCCAGAUCUAGGUUGGAAUUUGCCCUUGACGAAUAUCAAAAUGAUGAGUGAUGCAAGUGACAUGUUGGCUGCAGCGUUGGAGCAAAUGGAUGGUAUUAUAGCAGGCUCUAAGGCUCUGGAAUAUUCCAAUGGGAUUUUUGAUUGCCAGUCUCCCACCUCUCCGUUCAUGGGAAGCUUGCGAGCUCUGCACCUUGUGGAAGACCUGCGUGGAUUGUUAGAGAUGAUGGAAACGGAUGAGAAGGAAGGCUUGAGAUGCCAGAUUCCAGAUUCAACAGCAGAAACGCUCAUUGAAUGGCUUCAGAGUCAAAUGACAAAUGGACACCUACCCGGGAAUGGAGAUGUGUAUCAAGAAAGGCUAGCACGUUUAGAAAAUGAUAAAGAAUCUCUUGUUCUUCAGGUAAGUGUGUUAACAGACCAGGUAGAGGCACAGGGGGAGAAGAUUCGAGAUUUGGAGUUUUGUCUUGAAGAGCACAGAGAGAAGUUGAAUGCCACAGAGGAAAUGCUGCAGCAGGAACUUCUGAGUAGGACAUCCUUAGAAACUCAGAAGUUGGAUCUGAUGGCUGAAAUAUCUAACUUGAAGUUAAAACUGACGGCUGUAGAGAAAGACAGGUUGGAUUAUGAAGACAGGUUCAGAGACACAGAGGGGCUAAUGCAGGAGAUUAAUGAAUUGAGGUUAAGAGUCAGUGAAAUGGAUAGUGAGCGACUUCAGUAUGAAAAAAAGCUGAAAUCAACCAAAGAUGAACUGGCAUCUUUGAAAGAGCAACUAGAAGAGAAGGAAUCUGAAGUAAAAAGACUACAAGAAAAAUUGUUUUGCAAGAUGAAAGGAGAAGGGAUUGAAAUUUUUGAUCGAGAUAUUGAAGUACAAAAAAUGAAAAAAGCUGUGGAGUCUUUGAUGGCAGCAAAUGAAGAAAAGGAUCGGAAAAUAGAAGAUCUUCGACAGUGCCUGAACAGGUACAAGAAAAUGCAAGAUGCAGUGGUACUGGCCCAAGGUAAAAAAGGCCAAGAUGGCGACUAUGAAGAUCUGCUCAGUUCGACGUCUAUCUCCACUUUGCUGGAUACGCAGGGUUUUAGUGAUCUGGAGAAGAGUCUAUCGUCUACACCAAUAAUGGGAUCUCCCAGUCACGAACCAUUUAACACAAGUGUUCCAGAAGAGUUCCACACCAGCAUCUUGCAAGUUUCAAUCCCUUCCUUAUUACCAGCAUCUAAAGGCUUGGAAACUUCUGAAAAAGCAAAAUUGCCUCCUAAGCCAGAGACUUCAUUUGAAGAGAAUGAUGGAAAAAUAAUUCUUGGUGCUGCUGUUGAAACCCAGCUGUGUGAUAGUCUUUCAACUUCAGAUUUGCAAAAGUCUAGCAGCCUGGACAAUCUGAAGAAAGAGUCAUCAGAUGGGGAAAAGGAGUCUAUUCAGAAGGCUUCAGAGGACAAAGCUCCAGGAGAAAGCCCAUUUCGGAGCCUCCCUCCCAAAGUUCCAGGACAUGAUGCCUCCAUGGAUGACAACCCCUUUGGCACUCGGAAAGCCAGAUCUUCCUUUGGUCGCGGCUUUUUUAAAAUAAAAAGUAACAAGAGGACUGCAAGUGCACCAAACUUGGAUCGUAAACGAAGUGCCAGUGCACCCACCUUAGCUGAAACAGAAAAGGAGACACCUGAGCACCUUGAUCUGGCUGGUGUUUCUUCUCGGCCAAAAGAUUCACAGGGCAACAGUCCCUUCCAGAUAUCUCCACCAUCUCCAGAUUCCAAAAAGAAAUCCAGAGGCAUCAUGAAACUCUUUGGAAAACUUAGGAGAAGUCAGUCGACUACCUUCAACCCAGACGACAUGUCUGAAACUGAAUUUAAAAGAGGAGGGACAAGGGCAACUGCUGGGCCUCGACUGGGUUGGUCACGAGAUUUGGGACAAUCUCAUAGUGACUUGGAUAUGCCAUUUGCCAAAUGGACCAAGGAGCAGGUUUGCAAUUGGCUUGUGGAACAAGGCUUGGGGUCCUACCUGAAUUCUGGCAAGCACUGGAUUGCAUCUGGCCAAACGCUUUUGCAGGCUUCUCAACAAGAUCUGGAGAAGGAACUUGGAAUCAAGCACUCACUUCACCGAAAGAAACUCCAGCUGGCACUGCAAGCUCUGGGAUCUGAGGAAGAAACCAAUCACGGAAAGCUGGAUUUCAACUGGGUCACUAGGUGGUUGGAUGACAUUGGUCUCCCCCAGUACAAGACCCAGUUUGAUGAAGGACGGGUAGAUGGUCGAAUGCUCCAUUACAUGACUGUUGAUGACUUACUGUCUUUGAAGGUUGUGAGUGUGCUGCAUCAUCUCAGUAUCAAAAGGGCCAUCCAGGUGCUGAGGAUCAAUAACUUCGAACCAAACUGUCUACGGAGGCGACCAUCUGAUGAGAAUAGCAUCACCCCAUCAGAAGUUCAGCAGUGGACCAACCAUCGCGUCAUGGAAUGGCUGCGCUCUGUGGACUUGGCAGAAUAUGCCCCCAAUCUCAGAGGCAGUGGUGUCCACGGUGGGCUCAUGGUUCUAGAACCUCGUUUUAAUGUAGAAACAAUGGCUCAGUUAUUGAACAUUCCACCAAGUAAGACCCUGUUGCGAAGACAUUUGGCCACUCAUUUCAACCUUCUGAUUGGUGCUGAGGCCCAACACCAGAAACGUGAUGCCAUGGAGUUGCCAGAUUAUGUCCUUCUAACAGCCACUGCCAAAGUGAAGCCAAAGAAACUCACCUUUGGUAAUUUUGGGAAUCUGAGAAAGAAGAAACAAGAAGAUGGGGAAGAAUAUGUUUGUCCAAUGGAAUUGGGACAGGCAUCAGGAAGUACAUCUAAGAAAGGAUUUAAAUCUGGUUUGGACAUGCACCUGUACGACGAAGAUGAUUUGGACCGGUUAGAUCAGAUGGAAGAUUCAGAAGGGACAGUGAGGCAGAUAGGUGCAUUCUCUGAAGGCAUCAACAACCUAACACACAUGUUAAAGGAAGAUGACAUGUUUAAAGAUUUUGCGGCCCGUUCCCCCAGUGCCAGCAUUACGGAUGAAGACUCAAACGUUUGACCGUAGCACCGGGAUGAGCAUGAGAAGCCGUUGGUCCCUUUCCAUUUUCUUUCUCAAACACACAGUAUAUACAAUAAGCAAUAGAUUGUAUAUUGUUUAUUGUUCCAACUUUUCCUCGUUUAAAAGUGGAAAUGGAAAGCAGGGGAAUAUGUGCCUAUUCUAAAGUUGCCACAGAAAGUGAGACACUGGUGAAUGAGAGUAUAAUUGUUUUUCUUCUAUUUAAUGUAAAAAUCUGUGAUAUAUUAUAUUUAAAGUCUUGCAUUUAUUUUGAGUACUUUACCAUAGUGUUUCCAUUUACAUUCACAGUACGGAAGAUUUGGGAAGCAGUAACCCAUAUGUGGGUGAUUCUGCCAGGUUGGUGUGACAGUACGGCAGCAAUUAAAGCAGAACAUGAUAUGCUUUCAAAAUCAAUAUGUGGAAUUUCUUUAAGCACUCUGUGUACCCACUAAAUGCCAGCCACACCUCCACUUGCCUCUUACUGUCCUGUUUUUAUAUAUUUUUCUAAAUAUGUGUAUAUAUUCAGUACAUAGAAAAUAGAACUUUUAUUUUGUGACAGAAGAAGGAUGGUAAAAAGAUCACAUUGAAAAAAAUACAGUGAUCAAAAUUUUCAUUUAUCAGCUGGUUCUUGGAGAAGUCAAGAUGAUCUUUCUCCACAGCUGAAUUUUAAUGAUGUUGAUCAUUCAGACUAAAUUAGUAUAUACGAAAUAACCCUUCUUUGAUGACAUAUCACAAAAUUGUUGAUUAGUUUUUUUAAGAAUUUCAACCUUAAUCUUGGAUUCUUUUAACUCAUAAGGAAGAACUCGAGGGACAUUUAAAUACUAUUAAUUUGAAUGCAUUCAAAAGCUCCCCGAAAAUUUGUAGAAAUAAUUUUUGAAGAAACCAAACCCAAAUGAAAACCUUUACAGUAUUAAGUUUGUUAUUCUUCUCUUUGCUAAAUAUAUCAUUACAUCAAACUACUAACAGUCUGACUAAUGAUGUUAAUUGUACAUUUCUCAGGCCAUUAAUGAGUGGAAUCUUUUUAAAAAGCGAAAUAGUUCUCUGAAAAUUUUGUCUCUAUCAGAGUUCAGCAACUGAGGCUGCAAAAUUAGUUGUAUAAUGGCUAUAUUGUAAUGAUAAAAUGUAGUUCAUGUGUUCCUGUAGCACAGGGCCCAAAUAUUCUUUAUAAAGAAAAUAGAAAGCUGCAGCAAAAACUGUGUUUAUUAUUUUUUAGGGGUAUUAGAAAAAAUAUUCUGUUUUUAUUUGGUACUACAUCAUUACUCAUGAUAGCCAACUGUGGUAAAGAUGGGUUUUCACAAAUUGGCAUAGGGGUGGGCAGUUCAAUAUAUGCCAGUGGACUUGCUUAUAAACUGUAUUUGAACGUCAGUGGUAUGAUCUUGCAAGUUAUUAGCAAGUUACCAAGCUUUUCGUCAAGGAACCUGUAGUACUGAAUUACUGUUUAUUCAUAACUAAAAUAAUUUGAUCCUAAUAAUAAUCUUUUGCUCCUUACCAUUCAUUAUUUGGUAACUGUAUUGGACUCUUACUGUAUUUGUGUUUUAUUUUAAUGUGGAUAUAUGUCACCACUUAAAAAAUAAUUUGUUAUUCAAAACUGGUUAAAAAUACCAGGAGACUGUUAGAGAUGCCAAAUAUUCUUUAUUCAGGACAAUGUAACAUAACUGAUGAUAUGUGAUAAGGUUAAAAAUUUUUUGAUGAAAUAUAUUUUAUUUACAAAAUAUUAUACACUGUUGGUAUUACCAUAUGAAAAGAAAUAAAGUCAAUGGAUAAUUGUCUCAUA